ACUUCCCACGGUUAAUCACUAUCUGAGCAAAAUCAAAGAUUGAACAAAAGUGCCAAAUAGCAAUUCGGGAACUAAAACAAUUCCAUAAGCACAUUUACAAAAUACCGUUAUUGUUAAAACGUAUCUGAGGCAAACAUAAAUUAAUGAUUCUCAAAUAACCAACCUUUCGCAAAUACACCUGAAUAAUUAAUAUUUUAGUGGUACAUCCACCAACAGGCGCCAAUAAUUUCUAUAGUGAGUUUAUAACCUGUAAUACAAUAUAAGUAUGAUUUUCCGCUGCUUCAUAUGACUGCGUUGAAACUACUUUCCGGCUCCAAGAGAUAAAAUGAAUAACACAUUUCCAGCAUUUACCAAAAUUUCUGAUAUUCCGCGAACGAUUGCCCACAUUUAAAAAGUGAUAUAAAUUAGGCAAAAACAUUGUCAGUUUAUCUUAACGAAUUGAAUAGCUUGACCGAACCUCGCUAAAACAAAUAAGGACAUACUAACGACAAUAAUUAGUGUAACAACUGGUAGGAUUAUAACACACCAAGAAAUAUUACUCACAAAUCUACGACUAGAAAGGAAGCAAUGGAAUUAGUAUCUCAUAAAAUGUAAUGUGAAAUGCUAUUGUGGUAUACAAAAUAUAAUAACCGUGCUCAUCCUGAAUUGUAAUCACCAAAUGAAAACAUGAAGAUUUUCAUAAUUUGAUCGUACGAGUUUAAACAUUUUUUAUCAUUCAAAAAGUAAUAUCGGAAAAAGUAAUUUUGCUUAAUAGUGGAGACAAAUUUAUAUAAACGCCGCAAGUAAUGGCGAUGGAAUGGAUUACCGCGAUGGACAAACGUCCUUGUGAUCGCAAUUUACGCGAUGCUGAACUGAUAUCCUGUCGUCUGCGACGCGUGGAGCCACUGUGUCGUCUGCCCAGUUCGGCAUUGCAGCAAUUAGCCAUGUGCGGCUUCUAUGAGGAUUUAGAAAAGGGGGUAACAUUAUUUCGUGCUGGUGAACAGGGUCGUUUUUGGUACGCCGUUCUAGGUGGGUCGCUUGAAGUUCGUUACCAUGCUUCAGAGACAGAUGCCAAAACACCAGUAACUUUGUGCAAUCUUAGUGUGGGCGCUACAUUCGGGGAGUCCAUAUUACACGAACUACCAAGAGAUAGUACUGUUGUCACGAAAACCACUUGUGAGUUGCUUCGUGUGGAACAACAAGAUUUUCGACUUAUUUGGGAAAAAAAUAAAGAAUUGAUGAAUGACAUUAUUACAACUUGUAAAUUGAAAAAUGGGUUCGGUUCCGGCGUUUCACCAAUUGCUUCGUCUCCAACUAAGCGUCCUCUAAGUCCAGAUCAUCCGAAUCCGGCUUUACCUAUUUCAGAGUCUCCAAGUUCUACUAUGAGUCGAAUGGGAUGGGCCUUGCGUACACUCCUUAUUGCUGACGGUUCAAGUUGUCUCAAGGAUAGAAAAGUAGCUGGUAAAUUUAUUCGUAAAUGUGCACCAGGAACGGAAUUAGUGGAUUGGCUGUUGAAUUUGUCAUCUAUUGUUCACACUCGAGCCCAAGCUGCUGGCAUGUGGCAAGCGUUGCUUGAAGAAGGGGUUCUAUCCCAUGUGAAUAAAGAGCAACCCUUUAAGGAUAAAUGUUUUUUGUACCGUUUUCGCGUUGACGAAGAUGGCAGUGCUGGCAGCUACUCAACGACCGAGGAUACUAAUGCAGCUAAUGAAUAUAUUCGUGAGUCUCUGAGCACACUUUUCCAACGUGGGCCAGAUGCAAUACUGCGAAUGAUUUUACGAAAGCCCUCACACGAACGAACUCCUGAAGAACUUGAACUGAUUUUUGAGGAGCUUUUACACAUAACAGCGCUUUCACAUUUGUCGACAAGUAUUAAACGUGAACUCUCCUCCAUUAUCGUUUUUGAAUCGCAUGCACAAGCUGGAACAAUACUAUUUAAUCAAGGUGAUGAAGGUCGUUCAUGGUAUAUAUUGCUCAAGGGAUCUGUGGACGUGGUAAUACACGGGAAAGGUACCGUAGCUACUCUUAAGAAUGGUGAUGAUUUUGGUAAACUCGCAUUAAUAAACGAUGCUCCCAGAGCAGCAACAAUUGUCUUAAAGGAGAAUAAUUGUCAUCUUUUACGCGUUGAUAAGGAACAUUUUAAUCGUAUACUGCGCGAUGUAGAGGCAAAUACGUUGAGACUUCAAGAACACGGCAAGGAUGUUUUAGUGCUCGAGCGAGUGGCUAAGCAAAGAGGCCAGCAUUCAGCAUUUAAGUAUACGGUAAUGUCGGGAACUCCAUCAAAGAUGUUGGAACAUUUAUUGGAAACACGGCUCGGAAAUCAAGUGAGCGGUUUGGAUCCUUUUUUGGACGAUUUCUUGCUUACACACAUAGUUUUCAUGCCUGUUGUGCAGCUAGUGGAUGAACUGGCCAAUUAUUUUCAUUGCGACUCGAACAAUGGUUCGCAAACCCCAGAGGAUCGGGAAUAUAUAAUUAACUUCAAGAAGCGCGUUGUACAGUUCAUGCAAAAAUGGGUGACGGCCGUGCGGCAUGCAGCAUUCGAGGAAUCAAGUGUCUGUGAUUUUAUUGAGGAGUUAGCAACUGAAAUUGAGGCUGAUCAAGAACUAAGUGAAGAAACUAGCAUUAUACAUAAUGUUCUUACACAAAUGACACGUUACCAGGAGGAUCGUAAUCAAAACACUGGGCAGAAAUGGAAGCUACCACCAAAUGGACAACCCAUAUGUUUAUUUAGCGGAAAUGCUACGCCCUCAAAAACUAUUAUUCGUCCCGAUGACGAUAUCAUAUUUCGAGUAUACUGUGCCGAUCACACAUACUGCACUUUAAGAUUUCCACUCCAUACUACCGCCGGGAUAAUAAAAGCCUGUGCUGCCGAUAAACUACAAUUAAACCGAGGGCCUGAAGAUCUAGUACUAAUCGAAGUAAAAUCGAACGGAGAGCGCUCAGUCUACAAAGAUAAUGAUGUUAGUAUUCCCACUAGCCUCAGCCUGAAUGGUCGUCUUUUUGUCUCAGCGAAGGAUCACCUGGAUGCAUUGACACCACUCCCAGAACAAGAAGGACCAACUGAAGGCAUAGACAUUGAUUUGGAAAUAUUGAGCACGAAAGAAAUAGCGUACCAAAUGACACUUUUUGAUUGGGAUCUGUUUUGGGCAGUACAUGAGUAUGAACUUCUGUAUCAAACAUUUGGGAGACAUCACUUUGGAAAAAUAACCGCCAAUCUAGAUGUAUUUCUUCGUCGCUUUAAUGAAUUGCAAUUCUGGAUCGCAACGGAAAUAGUGUCUACCAGCAGCAUGUGUAAACGUGUUGGAUUAUUAAGAAAGUUCAUCAAAUUAGCUGCCUACUGCAAGGAAUAUCAGAAUCUGAAUGCUUUCUUUGCCAUCACUAUGGGCCUUUCAAAUAUUGCCGUUUUGCGCCUCACGCAAACCUGGGAGAAAAUACCUUCGAAAUUUCGAAAACUCUUCCAGGAAUUCGAAGCUCUCAUCGAUCCUAGUCGCAAUCAUCGUGCGUACCGUGUUUAUGUAGGCAAACUGCAACCGCCAGUAAUACCAUUCAUGCCACUCUUACUGAAUGAUAUGACUUUUGCCCAUGAAGGUAAUAAAACUAGUUUAGAAGGUCUAGUUAAUUUCGAGAAAAUGCAUAUGAUGGCGCAGACUAUGCGCACCAUUCGCUUCUGUCGUUCACGGAGUUUAGGACUGGAGCCACCAUCACCAAAGAGUGAGGGAGAAGUCCGGUCAUACAUUAGUUGCCUCCGCGUAAUUGAUAACCAGCGGGUUUUGACAGCUAUGUCACAAAAAAUUGAACCAAUACGCAAAGUAUAAAGUAAAUAGUGUUCUCGACACAACUCUUACAUUACCUGUUAACUCAUAUCCAUAUUUAUUCAAGCUUUUUAUUAAUUAUGCUUUAAAGUAAAAUACUAAUACGUAACACUAACAAAUAUAUAAUACCUAAUAGGGAAAUUAUAUGUACAUACAUAUGUGCAUUUGGUACUUAUUUAAGUGGUGCACUAAAGCUUAAAUGAGUCCCAAUGUUGCAUAUUUAUAAAGGCACUAUCGCACAAUUAGUAAAAAUAUACAUACAUAUUCUUCUUCUUUACUGGCGUAGA